AUGUUCUACCAACAACAUCGCAAAAGGCGGCAGACGGCACUCAGAGAGAAAGAGUCAGCCCGCAAAAAACACAAAUCCGAGGGUGCCCUCAUGAAGUCUCGCUACACGAAGGCGACGUUCAUUCUAAGCAAGACUGUCAAGAAUGACGCGGCUGACAAGGUAAAAUACCAGCAGCUGGUAAAGGAGUAUGAAGACUUCAUAUCCAAAAAACCUAAAACGGACAACAAUAAAAAAGGCGAUGCGAUGAAGAGAAUCGUGAUCAGGAUCGUGAUCGAUCACGCACCGCAGAGGCCUAAGGUGUCCAGCAGCAUCGAAGAAACAAAACAACGACCGUUCAGUGAGGUGGUUAAAGAUAACCUCCUCUACGCACUGAUCGACGAGAUUACAAAUAGCGGCAAAGUGGUCCUGCAGAAGUGGGGGCAAGUGGAGGCCAAACUGUGCAAGCUCGUGCUAGACAAGUAUGUGGUUGGAGCACAGGGCGGAACUCUCCCUUCCUUCGAUUCUGCAGGAGUACUUCGAGGCUGUAGGGUAAUUAAGUGCGACGACAACUGGUCUAGGGUUGUCCUAGAAAAGUGCGUUGCUGAGAUCAGCAGCUCACUGGAAGGCUUAAAGCUUAAGCUCAUUCCGGCCAAGGUUAUACCUUGCCCUCCUCGCGCUCACAUUUGGCUACCUGUGAUGGACUUGAGCGGUGCAGAUAUGCUGAAAUACCUAAAGUCACACAACCCUGCGGUGCCGAUGGACGACUGGGCAAUCGUGAAGGCAGAAAAACCGCAGAAGAGCAGCAUGUUAUUCGUUCUGCUGAUUAAUGAUGAGUGCCUGCCAAUACUGAAACAAUCUGACAACAAAAUGCGGUUUGGUCUAAGAAAGGCCAAACUGAAAAUUUUCAAAGCAGACGGCAAUGAAAAUGAGGAGGACCCAGAUGAGGUCGACAACAAUAUACAGCUAGAAAGGCUAGAAAAGCUUGACCUAGCUGAAGACGACAACAAACCCGAUACCUAG